CCUUUCCCUCUCUCUUGGAUCCCCUGCCCUCUUACCCCCUUCCCGCCCCGGCCCGCGGUGCGAGGCUGGGAGCCGCUGCACGGGGCCGCGCCGUGCUGUCUCUGAAGGGAACAAACUAGAAUACGACAUGAGUCCUAAUAAAGAUGCCAGCAGUCUCAACAGCUCGGCAGCAGGGCUUGUCUGUCUCCCGCCAGUCUCCGAGGAGCUACAGCUUGUGUGGACUCAAGCGGUUCAAACCAGUGAGCUGGACAGAAAUGAGCACCUGCUACAAGCCUUCAGCUACUUCCCCUAUCCAAGCCUGGCAGAUAUUGCUCUCCUCUGCCUGCGGCAUGGGCUGCAGAUGGAGAAGGUAAAGACCUGGUUUAUGGCCCAACGUCUCCGCUGUGGCAUUAGCUGGUCAUCUGAAGAGAUAGAAGAGACUCGAGCCAGAGUGGUGUACCACCGAGACCAGCUCCUUUUCAAGUCUCUUCUCUCUUUCACACAUUACGCAGUGAGGCCGGCACAGGAGAUGCCUCCAGUGCCACCUCCAGAGCAGGUUGCUCUUGGACUGAGUCCUCUGGUGCUUAGUGAGCCCACUCCUAUGAAAGGGUUGAAGGUUGAGCCUGAGGAGCCCUCUCAGGUAUCAAAGCUGCCACUGAAUCAUCAGAAAGUUAAGGAGCCUUUGAUGAUGGGCAGCAGAACAUUCUCCCACCAAUCAGAUUGUCAGGAUCUUCAGAUCAGUGGCCUCUCUAAGGAGCAGGCAGGCGGGGGUCCAGACCAGUCAUGUGGUGGAGGGACUGCUUCCUGGAAUCACUCCACAGCUGUCCAUCAGCCAGAUAAUUCCCCACUGAUCUCAUUACUUGACAAUAGUUGUAAGGAGGAAUCCGAAUCUAGUGGAACGCCUCCAUCUUCCUCUACCUCUUCUCCCUCUUUCCAGGUACUGGCUAAUGGAACCACUGCCACCCCUAAACCCCUCCAGCCUUUGGGUUAUAUCUCACAGUCAUUCUCACCUAGUGAGCAGGCACUGUCUCCACAAGUAGAACCACUCUGGCCCCAAAGGCUACGGAAUAACUCAGUACCAAGUAGGGUUGGUCCCACAGAAUACCUUUCCCCAGAUAUGCAACACCAGCGAAAGACUAAGCGUAAAACCAAAGAACAGUUGGCCAUUCUCAAAUCAUUUUUCCUACAGUGCCAAUGGGCACGACGAGAAGAUUACCAUAAAUUAGAACAGAUCACUGGUUUACCUCGCCCUGAGAUCAUUCAGUGGUUUGGUGAUACACGAUAUGCCUUGAAGCAUGGACAGCUGAAAUGGUUUCGGGACAAUGCAGUACUUGGUACUCCUAGUUUUCAAGAUCCAGCCAUUCCCACUGCAUCAACUCGUUCCUUGAAAGAAUGGGCCAAGACACCACCUCUGCCAGCCCCACCACCCCCACCAGAUAUACGACCUUUGGAGAGGUACUGGGCAGCCCAUCAGCAGCUGCAGGAGGCUGAUAUCCUUAAACUGAGUCAGGCAUCAAGACUAAGCACUCAGCAAGUGCUGGACUGGUUUGACUCUCGGUUGCCUAAGCCAGCUGAAGUAGUAGUUUGUCUUGAUGAAGAGGAAGAGGAAGAGGAGGAUGAAGAACUGCCAGAAGAUGGUGAGGAAGAAGAGGAGGAGGAAGAUGAUGAUGAUGAUGAUGAUGUAAUCAUACAGGACUGAGGGAGGCUGAGGCAAAGGGGAGUCUAUUACUGAAAUAUUAACCAACUUAGUGACUGGUCAAACCUUUUUGAAAUUGCUCUUGUAAAAACUUUUGUGUUCUUGAGUAGGCAAAGUGGGUGAUCUGACAGUAGACUGGAGAGGGUGACCAGGAUAAACUGAAGUCUUGGAUCAACACAAAUCCAAUUCUCCAACCUCCAUGUAGAGAGAGUUUGGGAUCUGGGCAGAUAAUGGCUGAAAGGAGCUCGUGCUCUGCUCUUGUUCUUGAGGAUGCUUGUGUCAUGUCUCAGCCCCAUGUGACAGGAGAGGAUUGUGAUCCAGUUGAUCCCAAUGCACCCAGCAUUUGUCAGAGAGCCCUUUGUGCCUGUCUGUCUUUCUAAGCACGUGCAAGCACACUGAAGCUAGUAUUUGCAGUGGCCUGGUUUUGUAAUAGACAUGUCCUCAGACCCUUUUGAUGAUGUCUCACUCGAUUUGCCACUAAUUCACAGCAGACUGUUCUUGCUUGUGACACUGGGACCAAUCUGCUCUCUACCAUUUUAUUUCUGUGAAAUCCCCCUCUUUGCUCACUAUUGUCUCAGGGUAAAUCUUUACAGAGUUUGUGAAAUUUUUUAGUAAUCAGAGUAUGAAUAUUAGUCUGUAUAUUUAUUGGGGGUGGGAAUGAGCCAGGCAUAGUCCCUGUGACUGCCAUCCUUGGCAGGUAAAGGCAGGAAGAUCAAGGAAUUCAGGGUCUGCCUUGACUACAUAUAAAGGCCAACCUGUACUACGUGAGAAUCUGUUUUGAAACAUUACAGUAUGACAGAGGAGAAGGGCGGUGGAGUAGUUACAGGUUUGGAUUUACAAACCUGACACUACUUUCUGCCCAGAUUGAUAUAGAUUGUUAGGUUGUUGUUGUUGUUUUCUUUCCUUUUUUACUAGUGCUUCAGUUUGUAUCUAACAAGAGAUGUUUCCCUCUUUAUAGGAUCUGUCUUGUGGACAGAAGGACCAUGGUCUUCUAACUCAAUGAUGUUCUAGAACGGGGAAUCUCUGGUAACCAUUGGUUAGUCAUCUGAAAAUAGAGUACAAGCCCCAAAUUGCUAAAAUAAUAAUUAAAAAGGCUAAAAAUAAAAUCCUUUCUCUUCUCCA